AUGUCCGCGGAGAUUUCGCAACUUGUCAAUAUUAAAGAUCCUCUGAAUGCCAGGUCAUUACAAGUCCAACAAUCUUCGUACGCUGAGAAUGAUCCAGCUACCGAGUUUUUCUAUCGUCCUCGCACACUUAGUGUGCUAGCGGCAAUGUUAAUAGCAUUGGUUUACGUAGCAAUGAAUCCUGACACUGAAGAAGAUACUUCGGCAAACUUCAAAAAAGGUUUCUCAGCAAGUAUUUGCUUCUUUCUCCUCUUUGCCAUGUUGCAGUUUAGAGACGGUCCAUUUAUUAGACCACAUCCGGCGUUUUGGCGUAUUGUAAUGGGGCUCGGAGUGCUGUACCAGACCUUUCUGGUAUUUCUCUUAUUUCAGAGUAAAAAAGAUGCGCGGUAUUCCAUUUCGUUGAUUGAUCCCAACCUAGGAGUACCACUCCCGGAAAGAUCGUACGCUGAAAGUUGCGAAUUGACGUAUCAAAAUGUAAAAGAUCAAAUUGAUGUCUUUGUCAUAUACCAUUCAAUAGGUUGGUAUGCAAAGGCUGUAGUUAUCCGUGAUUAUUGGUUUUGCUGGGUCCUAUCGGUGAUGUUUGAGAUUAUGGAAUAUUCGCUGCAGCAUCAAUUGCCCAACUUUGCUGAAUGCUGGUGGGAUCAUUGGAUUCUUGAUGUUAUUUUAUGUAACUGGCUUGGGCUUUACCUGGGAAUGAAGACUUGUGAAUAUUUUGAGAUGAAACAUUAUUCAUGGCGUGGUAUUAAAGAGAUCCCAACGAUCAGAGGAAUGGUGAAAAGAACUGUCUGGCAAUUUACGCCACAUAGUUGGACUAAAUUCGAAUGGGGCACGACUAAAAACUUCAAGAACUAUAUGGCAGUUAUCGGACUAUUGUUUUUGUAUUUACAAGGCGAAUUGAAUGCAUUCUACCUCAAGUAUUUACUGUGGAUUCCAUCAACCCAUCCACUUAAUUCAUACCGAGCAACACUGCUAUGCUUCUGCUGUUUUCCUGCUACGAGGGAAGCAUACCAAUACCUUACUGACAAAAAUUGUAAGCGUUUUGGACCGCAAGCAUGGCUAAUAAUAGCAACGAUAAUGACCGAGAGUGUAAUUUGUCUAAAGUUUGCACAAGGAGAGUUUCCCAACCCCGCUCCAACAUCUGUAAAAAUCUUUUGGUUUUUGUUUAUAAGUGCAUUAGUAGGAUAUGCAAUAUGGCAAUUUGGGUUGCCCGAAUUGAAUAAAGAUAAGAAAGAGACCAAAGAGGAAUGA